AUCAGCCUAUCAUAUCUAUUUGGCCAUUACUGACUCUCCACAAUCAUAUCGCAAUUAUGGAAUUCAGCUCAGCCAUCGGCUCAGCUGCAGCUGCAGCUGCCAUCCUUAUACUUUACUAUUACCUCCUUCGGCGGCGCUCGCUCAAUCCCAAAUACAAACUCCCGCCUGAAGCCGGCGGCGCGCGGCUGAUUCUGGGCCAUCUUCAUCUGAUGGGCGACGCGGCGCGGCCCCCUCACUUCUACUUAGCCGACAUGGCCGACCAGCACGGCCCAAUCUUCACAAUCCGGCUCGGCGUGCGCCGCGCCGUGGUGGUGAGCAGCUGGAGCAUAGCCAAGGAGCUGUUCACAAGCUGCGACGCCGCCGUCUCCUCCCGCCCGAAAAUGCGAGCCAUCAAGCACCUGAGCUACGGCUUCGCCAUGUUCGGCUUCUCCCCGUACGGCGACUACUGGCGCGAGAUUCGCAAGAUAGCCAACACGGAGCUUCUCUCGAGCCACCGAGUCGAAGUGAUGAGCCACGUCUACGAGCCAGCUAUAGCGCAGUCGGUUAAGGAGAUCUACAGCCGUUGGGAGGACGAGAGGAAUAUUUAUAAGGAUGGAUUGUCGGGACGAGUUUUGGUGGACAUGAAGAAGUGGUUCGCGGAGCUGAAUUUGAAUGUUAUACUGGCCAUGGUGGCGGGAAAGAGAUUCUCCGCCGCCGCCGGAGAAGACGACGGCGAGGAGAUGCGGCGGUGCCGGGCGGUUUUCCGGGACUUCUUCCACCUGUUGGGGCUGUUUGUGCCGGCGGACGCUCUGCCGUGGCUACGGUGGUUUGAUUUGGGGGGGCUUGAGAAGAGAAUGAAGAGAACGGCCAAGGAAUUGGACGGAAUUAUGGCGGAGUGGGUGGUGGAGCACCGCCGGAAGGGCGGGGAUACGGCGGCGCGUGAUUUCAUGGAUGUGAUGGUGUCGGCCGUACGAGGUUCGGAGCAGUUAACGAGACAAGCUGAUGCGGAUACUGUCAUCAAAUCCACUUGCCAGAUGAUAAUCGCCGGCGGCGCGGACACAAGUUCAGUCGUCCUAACAUGGGCGCUCUCCUUACUACUAAACAACCGCCGUGUUCUAGCAAAGGCACAAGAAGAGCUAGACAAACACGUAGGUCGAACCCGGCGAGUGAAGGAAUCCGACAUCCCAAACCUCGUAUACUUACAAGCUGUAGUAAAAGAGAUACUUAGACUAUACCCGGCAGGCCCUUUAGGGGGGCCGCGAGAAUUCACCCAAGACUGCAGCAUAAAAGGGUAUCACAUUCCCAAAGGGACAUGGUUAAUGGUAAACACGUGGAAGCUACAAAGGGACCCCGACGUUUGGUCGGACGAUGCCUUGGAGUUCAAGCCAGAGCGAUUUCUUACAACAAGACACGGCAAUAUAGACGUUAAAGGGCAAAACUUCGAGCUGAUCCCGUUUGGUGCUGGUCGAAGAAUUUGCCCCGGGACAAAUCUUGCAUUGCAUAUGAUGCAUUUAGUGUUGGCUAAUUUAUUACAGGCUUUUGAGGUUGGGACAGUUUGCGAUGAGGCUGUCGACAUGAGUGAGAGCCUUGGGUUGUCGAACCUCAAAGCCACCCCACUUGAUGUUCUUGUUGCGCCUAGACUCUCUCCCGAACAUUAUUGACAUUAUGACGAAGCAUUUCUUGAUUAGGCGCAGAUCAGCAUGUCACAUAAAGGUAAAUAAUAUGUAUGUCUAUAUAUUACAGUAUAUAUUGUGUAAUAAAAUAAGAAUGUUGCCGAUUGUAUAAUAUAUGUUGUACACUCGAAGGACAUAUUUAUGGGAUAUAUUUUACCAUAAGGACAAUUAAAACG